CACUCGCCUCCUUUUAAUCCCGUGAGACCGGGACCCCGCAAGCAAACCAAGCUAGCUUCUCACUCGAAGGUCCUGCGAAUCUUCCAUGUCGCACACGCAUUUCUCCAACUCCUCAACCCGGAUGGUCUCCAUGGCGCUCAAUUGCUCGUAUCAGUAGCGACCUUCGCGUCGUUGGUCGGCCUCUGUACGUUGAGCAUCGCGUCGUCGCUCGUAUCAGUUGCCAUUCUAUUCUUCCACCCUCGGCUCCGGCGGGAAAACUGCCGGCGGCGAGGUGCGGCGGUGACCCCGGCGGUUCCUGCUUCUGUCUCCGCUCUUUGCCACCACCCACGCCGGCAUUCCUUGAUCGUGUCUUGUACGGCUGUGCCGCAGCUUCGACGCCCGCCACCUGUUUGACGGAAUGCCUCCGCCGCAAGAGGGCAAGAGGGCCGCUCUGGCCUGCGGCGGGGACGUCAUCGGCGCCCUUCCAGACGAUCUCCUGCAGCACGUCCUCUCCUUCCUCCCGGCGCAGCAGGCCGUGCGGACCUGCGUGCUCGCCCGGCGCUGGCGCGGCCUCUGGAAAUCCGUCGCAGGCCUGCGCAUCACCGGUGGCCAGGAGUCGGAGGUGACGUUCGUCCAGGAGCUCCGCGAGUUUGUGAACCACCUUCUGCUCCUUCGCUGUCGAGCGCAAAUCGACACGUGUGAGCUCAGGUUCGCUGUGGUCUCCGACGACGACGUGCCCCGUGUGAGCCUCUGGAUCCGGCACAUUAUACUCUGCCAAGUUCGGCUGCUCCGGCUAGAUAUCUCUCGGGACGGCUAUGGUGUUUACUUUUAUGUAGACAACCUGCCUCUUGCCUCUCAGCAUUUGACGAGGCUAGAGCUUAUUGACACAGGGUUAAAUGACAGCUUUCUUGAUUUUGCCGGCUGUCCGGCGCUGGAAGAUCUGGUAAUCAUCAAUGGCUGUUUCGUCCAUGUCAGGACGAUCUCUUCAACGUCUCUAAAACGCCUGGCCAUCGCUGAUAGCAGUUUCAAUCAGCAUGCCCGUACUCGUAUUUAUGCUCCAAGUCUCGUUUCUCUACGACUAGAGGACAAUUGGGACAGGACUCCUGUGCUUGAGAGCAUGCCGUCGUUGAAGGCUGCAUUCGUCAGAUUUAUCAAGGAAUCUGUGGACAGGUGUUUUUAUUCCGACUCUUGGGACUGCCACAAUGAGGACUGUCAAGGUUGUUAUGAUCUACAGGCUGUUAAUUCUCAUGACUCGGUGCUUCUCAAAGGUUUAUCAGAGGCUGAGAAUUUGACAUUGAUAGAUGAACAUGACACGUUUAUUUUCAGAAGGGAUUUGAUAUGGUGCCCUACAUUUAGUAAGUUAAAGACUUUGUUACUCAAUGAAUACUGGUGCGUGCCCGACGACUUCCACGCACUAGCUUGUAUUCUUGAACACUCACCAUUUCUGGAGUUUCUCACUCUUCAUUUCUUUUCCAAGGGACCUAAUCAUAAAGUGGAAAUUAAAGGAGGUUACAAUGCAGUGGAGAGCUCAGCUGCAAUAUCAAAACACCUUAAGGCAGUCGAAGUCAAAUGUAACUCUGUUAAUGCGGAAGUUCUCAAAAUUUUGAAGUUCCUUGGUACACUUAACAUAUGUAAGCUAACUAUCAACAGUCAUCACUCUUUCUACAUUUCUGCAGUUUGCCUUCAUUUACGGGGAUGAAAGAAAACAGUGAAGAGACUCCUAGGUCACUAGAAAAAGUGAAUGUUAUACCAAAUCUUUUGAGUAAUGAGAAGCCUGCUCUGCAUUUGGUGGGUGGAAAAAAACUCAAUGUGCUGUUUGAAGUGUUAACUACAGUGCUGUUUAGAUUGAAAUGCAUUGCAGAAAUGGUAGCACGGCAUGUUGACUUUGUUGAAAAAUUCUUUUUUUUUUUUGACUAUACACAGUAGGGCAAAACCCCACUGCAAUUUUUAUUAAUCUAAAAAAGUAAAGUCCCAGAAAGGAACCAAAGUACAAAAGGCUUGAGAUAAGCCAAAGAGGAAGCCAAAAAAAGGAGAAAAGAAAAAACUAACAACUAAGAACUAGGAUUACAGAACAAGAUUAUCCAGCCAAAAACAGUAUGCUCCAGCAUAGCUCUUUUUAACUCUGAAUCUGAGAAGAGAGAGCUCCUCCAUGAAGAUGGCUGACUUUUGUUGAACAAUUCUGACUUUUGUGGCUCCUAUUCCAGUUGCAAUUCAGUUUGUUUGCUUGUUGACUUACAAUGUUAACAUUAUGGUCUAUAAUUAUUUGCUAGGGCCAUCUGAUUCUUCAUAAUUAGACAGAUUGUCGGAAAAUCCUGUCAUGAGUAUUUAUUGUUAAACGAUGGGAUGCCAUUGCUAGAAAGCUAGUCCCAACAAUUAAUCAAGAUCUCAACUCUAACCAGAUGUUGAUAUGUGCAAACUUUUGGGUAAUUAGAUUAUUCUGCAGUUUGUAUGUGAAAAUAUGAAAAAUUAUGGACUGAAUCUUGUGGCCCAUUGUUUACUUGUCAAGGAGCUGAAAUUCCUUGUUUCCCAAAUGGCACCCCCCCGCGAACUUCUCAU